AUGAGGGAAGCAAGCUUCUUGACGAUAGCUGCCACCGCCGGCAACAACAUCGUCAAAGUCCUGCAGAAAAAAGGCACCGUCAUUCUCCCUCCUCUUUCUUUCAAGCUCAAGGUCAUAAGAGCAUAUGCUUCCAAUAAAGCUUGGAUUAUAGGCUUUCUGAUGGACAUUUUUGGAGCUGUCUUGAUGCUGCGAGCACUAUCUCAAGCUCCUGUAUCCGUCAUUCAACCUGUUUCUGGCUGUGGACUUGCCAUCCUUUCAGUAUUUUCCCAUUUUUAUUUGAAGGAGACCAUGAAUACUAUUGACUGGAUUGGAAUUUCUUUGGCUGGCAUUGGCACUAUAGGUGUUGGUGCUGGAGGGGAGGAGCAAAACUCUUCUUCUAUCUCAAUUUUUCAUUUACCGUGGCUGGCGGUUAUUGUUGCAUUCUUGUUUGUACUGCUAAAUGGAUGGCUUCGUAUCUAUAGACGCCGGCGAAGAGAGCAGGACUUGGUGCAGUAUGAAGUUGUUGAGGAAAUUAUAUAUGGCUUGGAAUCUGGCAUUUUGUUUGGGGUUGCGUCUGUGAUAUCAAAGACGGGAUUUCUAUUCUUGGAGCAGGGGUUUUCUAAGUUACUGCUACCCAUUUGUUUACUAAUCAGCAUAUCCUGCAGUGGUUCCGGUUUUGUUUACCAGACAUGCGGUUUAAAACACGGAAGGGCAAUUGUUGUGUCUACAUGUGCUGCUGUUGCAUCAAUCGUGACUGGUGUACUUGCUGGUAUGUUUGCAUUGGGCGAAGGAUUGCCUUCAGCGCCAGUGGCUUGUCUAUCGCUGCUGCUGGGAUGGGUAUUUAUUCUUGUCGGUGUAGUCCUACUGGUAGCUUCAACUCGGCUGGUGCGAGCUCUCCCAAAGCCAUGGCAACAUUUUGCACGAAGUGGGACGGAGAGGAAUUUUGGCAUCAGGCAAUCGGUAUCAACUCGCACAAGAGACACCAAUCCUAGUGCUGUUAUCCAAACUAGUACAUUGCAUCAUUUGAUUUCGCCUCUCUCAAAAGAGAAAGCCUGA